CUUUCACUUUGCAAUCACUCCAAGUAAAUAAAGUGAAUUGUAAGAGAAAUAUUGGUCAUAGACACAUACAGAUUACAUGUACAUGAUCAGGAUGAGAUACUGAGCAACAUAUAACAGUUUUUUUUUGUAAUCUGACAGCGGCUGAAGGAACCUGCUGCCACACUGCAAACAAGCUGGGAAAAGUGAUCUGAGGGAGAAUUUUCCUCUACCCCAAACCCAAGAAAUGAAAAUGAUAAUGCAAGCUUUUUUCCUUCUGGUUAUUGUUACAUUUUCAAAGUGUGCGGUCAUAACCGGGGCCUGUGAAAGAGAUCUACAAUGUGGAGUUGGAUCUUGCUGUGCAAUCAGUCUGUGGUUACGUGGACUAAGAAUGUGCACACCAAUGGGACAGGAAGGAGAGGAAUGUCAUCCUUUCAGCCACAAGGUUCCUUUUUAUGGUAAACGCCUACAUCACACCUGUCCCUGCGUCCCUAGCCUUGUUUGCUCAAAGUUUCUCAAUGGAAAGUAUCGGUGUUCAAUUGAUUUCAAGAACAUGGACUUUCAAUAAGAUUUCUCCCAGGGUUAUUAAAUAAUAUGGUUAAUUUAUUUCAUUUCAGUUCAUUUCCUUUAAAUGCUGUUGUGCACAAAUGUUAAACGUAAAUAUUACAUUGCAAUAUUGGCAUUUAUGCACUUGCAAGUUAUAUUUUGCAGCUAUAAUAAAAUUUUGAAUUUGG